AUGUCUCAGAAUGGUACUGUUGGAGUGGAAAUCCAAAAUUACGGAACCAACAAAUAGUAUUUAACUCAUUUAUUUAAGAAAUGCAACAAUAAUGACCUAAUUUAAUAUAUAAAUAUAUAAUAUGAUAAAUAAAAUCAAAGAGUACAUGUCAAACACACAGCCAGUGGUUGAUGCCUUGAAGGAUCUGCAUAUAUAUUCAAACGAUAAUCAGUUUCAAUCUCAAUAACUUAUAUCAAACAGAUUAAGAUCAUUCUUUGAAACCUAAUAAAGUAAGGUAUGGUUUGUAAACAUUAAUUUAGAAACUGUUUUUGUAGUCUUUGUUUGAAGUAGUUUAAAAAGAGAGUGUUUAGGAAGGGAAUUUGUAAAGAAAAUUUAAAAUUUUAUUAUUGCUUCACAUCAUCCUAAGUUCAUAAGUUGGGCGUUCAGAAUUAUCAAAAAUCCUAAUUUCCAAAUAAUUGAACAUAAAAACCCAAGAUCCGAUCUCAUCAAAAUUGGGUGUAGUCUGUCAACAUUAUUAUCAUUAUCUAUAUAAAUUGGCAUCUCAAACUACAUUUAUUAAUGAAGAAGUUGUUGAUGGAGAUUUGCUCAUUUAUUUUACUCUAUCAAAUUAAUGCUAUAUUGGGAUGGGCAUGUAAAAGUUAAUUGAAAAUGUUGAUUCAUUCCAAACUAAUCCGUUAUUGGCUAAUAUUAUCAAGUUCAUCUAUUAUGAUUUACAGGAUAUCUUUAUCUUCAUCUUGAAAGACAUUAAAUGUCUAAUAGAAAACAAGGAAGAAAUCAAGUAUUCAAGAGAAUAGAUGUUAGAACUCUACAAAGAAGUAAUGUAAAUUAUAUUAAUAAACUCUAGUGUUAGGUUCUGUAAAAAAGAAUGCUGGACUUCUAUCGCUUCAAUAGACAUUUCGAACAUUUUCAACAGAUAAUGCCUCCCUAUUCUCUGGCCAUUAAUCAGGAAUCAAUAGGCAAACUAUUAAAUAGUCAGCCCAAGAUGAAUUCUUUGCAAUAAAUAAUGAAUUUGCAAGAGAGUCAUCAUCUUGAAAAGUAGUAGCCACAAACUUCAAAAUCGAAGAAUUCCAUAAAAUUUGAGUUUAAAGAAAUGAAAAGAAAACAGUCAGAUUCAAUUUAAUUUUCAUUCUCAAAUUGA